AUGGCUCGUCACAGCAAGAUCCCGAAGAAGAAUCGCAAGAAAUUAAAAUCGGUCGACCCAUACAACACAAAGGGAAAUGUGAUCAAAGAACGGGAAAUGGAAAAGAAGAAUUGUGCUCCAAAAGAAAAAGAUGAACAAGGAAUGUCGAAUCUUUUGAUGGAGAUCGGCAAAUCGCAAAGUCAAUUGGCAUUUCAAGAGUCUAUCCCAUCUUUUCCGAGGAAGAAGGCGCAUAAAAAUAGGAUUGACGCCGAGGCUGCGCGUUACGGCUAUGAGCGAAAACAGUUCGAAAGCCCGAAGAUGUUUCUCAAUCGGAUUUCCAUGGAAACUCACAAACAAGUGAACGAUAUCUCGAUAAAGGCAAAGUUUGAGCUCGCUGGUCGUGCAAAGGAAGAAAUCGACAAAGACUACAAAGAAAUUGAUGACAAAAUUGAACGAAGAAGAGAAUUGAAAAGGAAAAGAUCCGAAAAGAUAUUAGCGUUGAAGAGAGCAGAAAAAGGACUUGACGAAGAAGAUGAACCAUCUGAAGAAGAGGAAGAGGCAGCCCAUAUGGUAAAAUCAACAACACCUUCCAUGACAAAAGCUUCUUCAAAGAAAGAUAAGAAAGCACAAAGAAACGAAGAACUGAAGAAGAUUAAAAAGGACAAGCGGCUGGCAAUUCAAAAAGAGUCGCUGCUUACAGCAAAAGAAAUCGUGCCAUUCGGAGAACGAUAUGAUGCUCCACCUAAAUUCGAAUUCAACUCUAAAUUGAAAAUUGACAUGACGAAGAGGAUGGCAAAGGCUGGAAGCAAGGAUUUGAAAUUGAAAGCGCUGCUUCAGAAUAGAGGAGAGGAAAAAGAAACGAUCUACCAAGAAAAUGAGAAAAUUUCCAAAGAUACAGGUUCUAAGAUAACCGAAGCCGAUCGUCAACGCGUCAUCGACAUGUAUCGAGAGGCAAAGCGUCAGAAACGACAAAAAGAAAGUGAA